AUGGUAGUGGAGCUGAGGCUGACUCUGAGAUUCACUCAGCAUGAGCUACAAAACACCAAAGAUCUGGUGCACAAAAUAGAGGCUGAAAAUGAUGCCCAAGACACAGAGAUGACAGCUGUGAAGACCAGACUGGCUGCAAGUGAAACCGAAGUGAUGAAUCUGAGGAAGGAAGCUGCAGCACAGACGGCUGAUCUGAGGUCAGUUGCUGAGAGGCUGGCAGCCACUGAGACUGACACUGCAGCACAACACACAGACCUGACCACUAUGAAGACUGAAGUAAUGAACAUGAUCAAGGAGCAAGCAGCACAUGAGGCAGAACUGGUAGUGCUGAAGGCAAGGAUGGACACUGGUGAAGCCCAGGUGGAGACUGAGGUGGCGAAACUCAAAAUGGAACAUGCAGCACAAGAGGCAGAGCUGACAGCAGUGAAGAACAGACUGGCAGCCACUGAGACUGAAGUAGUGAAUCUUGAGAAAGAGAUUACAGAGAAACCCAAGGUGGCAUUCUCAGUAGGUCUGACUAACUCAGGAAUAAUACAGGCUGGGACCACUGAGCUUAACUUGAUCUUCACUAAAAUCUUCACCAAUGUUGGACAGGCCUACAACGACAUGACCGGCUACUUCACAGCUCCAGUCAGGGGAGUCUACUACUUUAGAUUCACAGUCCAUGAUAACACAGCAUACUGGCUGGAAAUCAGGAUGUAUAAGAAUGUAGAGCAGGUCAUGUAUUUGUGGGAGAACAACUCAGGGGUUCGCUCCUAUCUCUCUGGUGGUGUGACUCUGCAGUUGGAGGCGGGAGAUGUAGUUAACCUGCGAGUCCCUGUAGGCUACAAGCUCUAUGAUGAUUCUCAUAAUCACUGCAUUUUCAGUGGCUUCCUGCUCUUUCCUCUUUGAAGGGAACACGCUGCUCAUGUGCUCAUGUUGUCAAAUGAUAAAUGAUAUGCUUCAUGAUCAUGCUCAAAUAAAGCACUUUUAAACUUGAA